AUGCCCGCCUACAAUCAUCUGAUGCAUCCGCGCAACAUCUACAAGGACGCGCCGCCCGACUUCCAGCAGCUCGCCUUAGAAUAUCCCCGUUUCCGCAAGCACUGCACUUACUCGAGUGGCAAGUUAGUCGUUGAUUUUCGUGACGUCGACGCCGUGCGAGAGUUGACUCGAGCAACCCUUCAUAAAGACUUUCGACUUUCGGUGGACCUUCCCGAGAAUUCCCUGGUUCCUCGUAUCCCGCAGAAGCUGAACUAUCUGCUUUGGAUCGAAGAUUUGUUGGCGCUGAAUUCACUUGACAAACGAAGAGUGCAUGGGAUCGACAUUGGAACCGGUGCCUCGUGCAUCUAUUCGUUGCUGGGAGCCCGGAAAAAUCACUGGGAUUUCGUGGCAACGGACGUGGACGAAACGAGCUUAGCUACAGCCAGAGCGAACAUCGUGGCCAACGAGCUGCAAGACAGGAUCAGGACGUUUCUCGUCGAAGGUGAUGAAAUUAUCCGGCCAGUCGUCGAUGCCUACCCGGACGAAAAAUUCACAUUUACACUUUGCAAUCCGCCGUUCUUCAGUGACGAGGAGCUGAACGAGCGUUUCAACUAUUCAACGGGAAGAGGUGGCUAUUCGAACCAGGACAACGAGGACAAACACAAGCGACGAGCGCCAAAUUCCUCUACUGUAGCAAAGGGCAACGAGCUGGCCACUGAAGGAGGCGAGGUGGCUUUUGUUGGACGGAUCAUUGCCGAGUCGACGAAGAUCCGGGAUCGUGUUAGGAUUUUUACUGUGAUGUUGGGCAAGAAAUCUUCAAAGUUAGCCAUCCGAAAGCGCCUUUCCGACCUUGACAACGUCUUCUUUGCCUUCUCUAUCCUUUACCAAGGAAAAACGAUUCGCUGGGUGGUCGCUUGGACUUUUGCGACCGACAUUUCUCUGCAUCCUGAUACGAUAAUUUCUGAGGACGAGACGUUCCUGGAAACCAAGAUAACGCUGGAGGCUUUGAAAACAAUUCUGGAAGGUUUUCGGAUAAUCAUCUUUCAUCAAGGACAGGCAUUUCUACGAUGUGAAGCACAACAGAAUACUUGGAAUCGUAAACGUCGACUUUCCAGGACACUACCCACAGAUGAUCGAGCCAACGUCUCAAAGGCCGGCCCCGGCAGCGAAAUUCGGUCAGGCAAAGUCGAAGAGGUAGGGGAAGCAGGUCGCGGUCUCCUCCGAUUUUCCGUCCACCAUCCGAUCAGCAAAGAAGGCCUGGUCGCGACAGAUGCUUGGAAGGAUACGAUUGAAGUGGAGGCUUGCGUCACAGCUUCAGCUCGCGGCGACAGCUUGGUCAUCAUCGGCGCCUUCUCCGUCACGUUUACCAGGUGUGCUGACGUCGAAAAACCAUUCCAGGUUGACGAUCUUUCAGAUGGACCCAGCCUCGCCCACUUCAUAAGUGCAUCUAAAUCCCGCCGGAAGCCCAAAGUCGCGCCCUCCAUCGAGGAGUCCGACUCGUAUCUAGCUCCCGAGGACUAUGACGGUCAGGGCAGACUCGUCAAGCUCAUCACGUACGGAUGCCAAAUGAACGAAAACGACAUGGAGCUCGUUCGUGCUUUUCUCGUCAACAGCAACUAUCGGGGGACCGACAAUUUGGAGCAGGCCGACAUUGCGCUUCUUAUGACCUGCUCGAUCCGAGAGGGAGCUGAGGCGAAGGUCUGGCGGGAGCUGAUGCGGAUACGAAAAGCAGCCAAGCGCGUUCAGACUGUCGGUGUAUUGGGAUGCAUGGCCGAACGGAUAGGGCAUAAACUCUUCGAGAAACGGGGGCUCUGCGACGUGGUGGCAGGCCCGGACUCGUAUCGGGACCUUCCAAGAUUACUGGCGGUUUCGCGAGCCGGCAACAACGCGAUCAAUGUGCAACUUUCGCUGGAGGAAACGUACGCAGAGGUGGCUCCGGUGCGCAAGGAUGAGAACGGGAAAACGGCUUUUGUCUCAAUCAUGCGUGGAUGCGACAAUAUGUGCACCUACUGCAUCGUCCCGUUUACGCGCGGCAAAGAGCGGAGCCGCCCGAUCGACUCGAUUGUUGAGGAGGUCCGGAGAUUAUCAGGGGAGGGCGUUCGUCAAAUCACCUUACUCGGCCAGAACGUCAACAGCUACCGCGAUUUCUCAGAGUCCACGUUUUCCACUGCCGGCGAUGGUGUCCAGAGCAUCGCCGACUUUCGGACGAUUUACAAGCCAAAACAGGGCGGGCGCACGUUUCUGACGUUGCUGGAUCUGGUAUCACGUGUCGACCCGAUGAUGAGGAUCCGCUUCACCUCACCGCAUCCCAAAGACUUUCCGACUCCAGUCCUUGAUUUGAUCGCCGAACGUUCGAACAUUUGCAACCAGAUCCACCUUCCCGCUCAAAGUGGCUCGGACGCAGUGCUGGAAACGAUGGGAAGAGGUUACACGCGUGACCUAUAUAUGCGACUGGUCGCCGACGUGCGCGCCAAGAUACCAAAUGUCGCGUUGACGAGUGACUUCAUCGCGGGCUUUUGCGGCGAGACUGAGGAGCAGCACCAGGACACGCUGCAGCUCAUCCGCGACGUCAAAUACGACUUUUGCUACGUGUUUCCCUACAGUAUGAGAGAGAAAACGAAGGCGAAUCGACAGUUGCGGGAUGAUGUUCCGGAAGAGAUUAAAAAACGGCGCCACAUCGAGCUGUCAGUGGCUUUCCGAGAAGAAGCCGAGAAGCUUCAUGCAUCCCUGCAAGGCGGCGAACAAACUGUUCUCGUGGAAGGGCACAGCAAACGCAGCACUGAGCAGCUGUUUGGCCGCGUCGACGGGGGCACAAAGGCCAUCUUCCCCGCAAUCUGUGAAAACGGCGACACGUUGAGCCCGGGCGACUACGUCAAAGUUAAGGUCGUUUCUUCCAACUCCCAGACGCUGUUCGCCGACGCCCUACAAAAGACGACAACACUG